AUGUCACGUAAUAAGACUCAAACAAAUGUUCUAUCUGACGAACAGUUGUUGAAAAUAUUGGAUGAAUCGGAAAAUGAGAAUUCUUUGAGUGAAUUGAAAACAGAAAGCUCUGAAGAUAAUUCAAAAAUUUCAUCAGAAGUCGAUGUACCGGUAAAUAUUAAAAAUAAUAGACCAGUAGUUAUAGAGGAUAAAUGGCUCAAUUGCUCAAAAAAAAUCCAACCAAUUAUAUUUUCUCCUUGA